AUGAAUUUUGCAUCAACGUCGGUUGCUGGGUCUGAUGAUCAAGAUGAUAAAGUCAUUGUAUUUUGUGGGUUUUUCUUGAAAUCGAAGAAGCAUGAAAAUAUUGAUGGGAAUUCUGGGUCUAAUCCCGGUGUUCAUCAUGAAUUUAGUGGUGGGUAUGGUUCAAGUUUUAAUUUUGAUGACAGAUUGGGAAGUGGUUAUGGGCUAAAAUGGCAUGAAAAUGGGAAUUUUGUGGCUAAAGGAAUUAAAAUUUUUAAGAGCAAGGGUAGAAUUGGCAAUAGUUAUGGUUCUAUGGUUGAUUUUGAUCAUAGUUUUGCUCAGGAUGUCGAUAGUAUUAAAGAGUUUCCUCUUAAGACCUUAGGUGAUAGGAGUUGUUUGAACGUGGGAUUCAAACCAAAGAAUUAUUGUGACUUUGGGGGUUUAAAUGGAGUUGCUUCAAGGCAAGGGCUUGGUAGGAAGAACAAUGAUGCUGGAGUCAAGAGGGGUGUGGAUCAUGGGUCUGUGAGGAUGGAGAAGAUGAAGAUGGAGAUGGUAAAGGAGAUUGAGAAGAUGAGAAUGGAGAUGGAGAUGAAGCACAACGAGAUGAUAGUUGAGUCGCAACAAAAGAUCAUGGAUGCAUUAUUGUCGGAAAAGAAGAAAAUGGUAAAGAAACCAUCCUCCAUGUUCCCUAAUACGAAUGGAAAUGUGGUUGAAGGAUGGCAAGAAGAUGCUUUCAUUAAGAAAAAAAGGAAGAUUUUGUCAUCUAGUGUUGAGAUAAUUUAG